AUAUUGGUUGCUAUUAAUCAUACUCCACGUUCAACCAUUCUCUGCUUAUUGUAAAAUACUUCUUACUACAAUCGGUAUCGCGUCCCCGACGCACGUUGGAGUACACAUCACUUCUUCUCGCGCCACAUUCCGAGGUUUCGAUUUUAUCUUUGUGCCUCGUUCUCACGUCGCACACAAUGUGAACUGUGAAGGUAGCCACAGCAAGGUUGCUUCGAGGUUACGACGUCGCUGUUGUGCGGCAGGAGCUUUGUAAACUGUGAAUCGAAGGAUGAAGAUGCCAUCUUGACGUCUCGGCGCCAAAUACAAAGCAAAUAUAAUCCAAACUCAAACACGCCAAGUGAUUGAAUUUUGCAAGUCAAGGCUUUGAUAAACUCACUCCGUUGCUACAGAGUUCAUAUCAUUCCAAGCAUCAAGCCAUCAUUCAUAACGGUAUAACAGAUGGGUCUGAACGCCUCUUCACUCGCCUCUCGUCUCUCGUACUACAGAUCUCUACCACGCAUCCGCGUUACCCAUCUUUGUUGUAAUACGUCUCUGAAAACGCUAUGUCAGUGGCACUGACUGAUAAAGAGCGAGAGCAAGUAUACUUCUUGCUAGGCCCUUACGUCAUUGGAGCAUUUGCGGACUUCUUGUUUCAGGGCGUCCUCUUUGUUCAGUUUGCAAAUUACUUUUCAUGGUACAGGGACGACAAGAAGUUUCUGCGUCUCAGCGUUGCCAUUUUAUUUGUAAUGACAACGCUCAAGACAAUACAAUCCUUUGUAAUCGUCUGGGCAGCGCAGGUGGUCCAUUUUGCAGAUCUUACUGGGGCCAUUGCAUUAUCCUAUCAUAAAUGGUGGCUGGUCGGAAAUGGACUUAUGGUUGCUACUAUAGGCAUCUAUGUACAAUCUUAUUUCUGUUAUCGGCUUCAUGCAAUCACCCAAAAGAUGUAUCUUGUCAUUCUGAUCGCUGUAAUACUGCUGUUUGCAUAUGUUGCAAGCAUUUUGACAGUAUACUUCACUUUACAUUUUGACAAUAGAUUGCUUGGAGUUUGGUAUGCCUGUCAGCUAAGUUCUGUAUUUGUGGGCGACACGCUUCUCGCUGGAACAACUGCAUAUGCACUCCUCACUUCCAAAAGCAAGCACGGUCUAAAGCAAACAAAUGAUAUAAUCGACCGACUUGUGAGACUCACCUGGCAAACCAUCUUGCCCGCCUCUUUAUGUGCGUUUCUUAACCUCGUAUUUUCGCAAGUAUAUAGCGGGGAAGAUAAACUUGUCUCUUCUGGAUUCACGAUGGCACUUCCUAAACUAUAUGCGAUAUCAAUGAUGUGGACACUCAAUGCCCGUCGCUCGAUCCGCGUUUCGCGUCCUGACAUGAUUGUUUCGGACAAUGACGAACGAAGUGGGAGAUCGAGAAGAAUCCAACGAGAUGAAUUUGAGCUCGGCAGAGUUGGUACUCUGGGUCCAAUUCAUAUUCACACGGACAUUGAGACAACCCAAUUUGAAAGUGGUUCGGCAAACGAUACAGUAUUCUCAAUCACCAAAACCGCUGGAUCACUUAGGCGCAGUGACGAGCUGCCAGUGCAUACGUAUGAAGCGAGUAAGGAUUACAAGGAACAUCCUGUAUGAAUCUACUCCGUACCUUGCAGCAAACCAUACCAUCUUUUAUCAACCCUUUGUUUCAUAUUGCGGCUCGUGGACUUUAAUUAAGCUAUGUACUUCAUGUUGUUUG